GUAUUAAAUGGAUUCUUUUGAAUUGUGAUACAGUUGUUUAGAGAAAGCCCUUGAAACAUAGGAACCUCAAUCAAAAAGAGACACAAGGCAGUUUUGUUAAUGUGAGCUAUUUUUAUUUCUUAAUUAGCCAAAUACCGCCAUAAUAAAAUCUGGAAAUCAAAAGAUUGGAAAACAUUUUAUUCCAAAAAUAGUACAAAGUAAAAAAAAAAAAAAUGUGUUAUGGUCUCCAAAACCACUGCUCGGAACAAGCAAUUUUGUGUUUAUGUGCGUGUGUCUGUGAGAGAUGAGGUAACUCAGGAGCAACCUACCUGUCAGGCUCUCACAAAGGCCAAGAGGUCAAACUGAGAGGAGGUGAGUCGGCCGAUUAAAAACAACAACAGUUUUGAGCUGCUGUUAAACUGUUUCAAAGUGGUUCCUCCAGCUUUAGUUGGAGGUCAUUUCAACAUGAUUCAAUUCUCUUUACUUCAGGUUCAUUUUAAACCCAACAUUUAAAAUAUUAAAUGACUGGUCAACUAUAAUCUACUGCUAAUUUUGAGUCAUUUUUAAGAAACUAAAAUUGUAAUUCCCUGAUUCAACCUUAGAUGUGAAUACUCCCCCAAGACAGUACAUGUUGUGUACAUGUAGGACAAAACGAAACAUUUAAGGAGCUCAUCUUAGACUUGGAUUUGUGGAUGUGAAUGUGGAUGUUUUCAAAUUUUAUAGACAAAACCUCCAUAUGGAUCCAUCAACACGGAAAAGCUUUUUUUGUUGCAGCCCAUGUUCUCCCACUCGUAGCUCUGCCUGGUGGCAGGAAGGUCCUGUUUUAGUGAAGAGCAGAGUUUAAGCUUCAUUCUUUUACUGUAUGUUAAUAGUUUUGUGCUAUAAAACAAGUUAUUCAGGAAAAGGAAUGACUCGACCCAACCAGCAGGCCAAUGCGAGUGUCAGUGGACUCAUCACUUAACCCAGCAGUGUUCAAACUAACGUUUUUCAGUUUUUUCCAUUAUUUUCUGUACAAGUGCUAGCAGUUCACUGUAGAACAAACCGGCAAUCUGAUAUAACAAGACCACAGUGUACACCAUUGCCACCUGGUAUUGACUCGCAGUCUGUAGUAAUGCUAAUGCUAGAAGCCAGUUCAUCUUCAAUCACUUGUCUUAUGUUCUGAAUCUGCGUUGUCAUUUCCCCGUCAGAAUAACAAACAAUAACUACAUUUAAAUGUACAGUAAUGUUUCACUAUUUUUUGGGAUACAAUAUGACUCAUGUAAACACCAUGUUUUGUUAUUAAUUUGUGAAAUUCAGAAUUAGGCGUCAUUCCAAAUGGAGCCUUUUCAGAUAAAGUACAGUACGUGGGGUAUACCGAUAUUAUUUGGGUUUGGGCCUGUAUCCGGCCGUCAUUGGUAUCCCUCAGAAACCUGAUCGUGACCUUUAAACAGCCGUGAUGUUGCUUCUCUGUCAGCUGUUUGCUUCUCUAGUUGAGUGCCUUUUUUGAUUGCAGCGAGCAUCGCUUGAUGAUGAGGUGAUGGAUCUUAAACGUUUCCCAUUUGCUUUCAUCUCUGUUUCCGGGGGUCAGGCCUGUCUGCUAACAGGGUUCAGGGGAACUUGCCUCCUUUGAUAUUUAAAUAGAGCCUAUGUUUGCUACGGGUGUAUUCUUCUCUCCGUCUGAGAAUUUCUCCAUUACAGAUCUUUUUUCCUUUCUUUCGAUAGAUGGUCGGUCUAAAUAGGACCAGAAAGGACUGCGGGUCACCUUCUCCGUCAAAACCUAGCAGCAGCCACACACAUGCCCCAAUGUAUCGCCAUAGAUGCAUAGUUGUAGUAAUAUAUCGUUGGUUUGUAUUCCUCGAAAGAAACUAAAGGUUUGUGUUGACACAGUAAAACUGCUAAAAUAGCGAGACACAAUGUUCAUGUAACACUGUUUGAUUCAUUACAUAGUGGCAUGCUCUUAGUGCGUAAAAUGAAGAGCAAGUCUAGUCGUACAAAAUAGCUACAAACUUACCCAGAAUGUAAACAGUAAAAAUCGGGAAUUAUAAUAUUUCUAUUUCAUCUUUGACUUAAUGACUUUCACAUCUAACAACUUUGCUUUGUCUCUUGUGGUAGUUCGGAGAUGUUUGUGUGCUACCAGUCCAAACAGAUAUCGUCUUGCGAGCCCCAGUUGUGGCCGGUGGGCAUGGUUUUGGAGGGCAGCUCAGAGGCGCUGUGUCCCCCCCCAUCUCUAGAGCUGCGCCCAUCCUGCAACAAGAGCCAGCCCUCGCCUCCUCUGGGCUCAAGCUCGCAACCCCACGACGGAGUUUUCCCUGAGGACAAGGAGCCCGUCAAGUACGGCGAGCUCAUCGUCUUAGGGCAUAAUGGGUCGCUGGCCAAUGGGGACAAGGGUCGCAGAAGAAGUCGCUUGGCCCUCUAUAAGAGACCUAAAGCCAACGGGGUCAAACCUGAUGUCAUCCACAAUGUCUCAACCCCUCUGGUGUCAAAGGCACUCAGCAACAAAAGCCAGCACAGCAUCUCCUACACAUUGUCACGGAGCCACUCUGUCAUUGUGGAGUACACCCAUGACACCAACACAGACAUGUUUCAGAUUGGUCGGUCCACAGAGAGCAUGAUCGACUUUGUGGUGACGGACACGGCGGGCUGCAGCAGUGGUCAGGGUGGGGGCUCAGCAGGGGAGGGCGGCGGCGGAGGCCAGUCAGCCCAGAGCACCAUCUCCCGCUACGCCUGCCGCAUCAUGUGCGAACGCAGUGCUCCCUACACAGCCCGCAUCUACGCCGCCGGCUUCGACUCCUCCAAGAACAUCUUCCUGGGGGAGCGCGCCGCCAAAUGGAGGACGUCGGACGGCCUGAUGGACGGCCUGACCACCAACGGGGUGCUGGUGAUGCACCCGGCGGGGGAGUUUGUGUCUGAACCCGCUCCUGGCGUCUGGAGGGAAAUCUCGGUCUGUGGAAACGUCUUUGCCCUGAGGGAGACUCGCUCAGCCCAACAGAGGGGAAAACUGGUGGAAAAUGAGUCAAACACUCUCCAGGAUGGCUCUCUGAUUGAUCUUUGCGGGGCUACUCUGCUGUGGAGGACCCUCGCCGGACUGCGUCACACCCCCACCCUCAAGCAGCUGGAGUCCCUUCGCCAGGAGCUGAACGCGGCCCGGCCCCAGUGUCCCGUGGGCUUCAACACGCUGGCCUUCCCUAGUCUGGCCCAGCGAGAGAUUGUCGACAAGAAGCAGCCCUGGGUCUACGUCAACUGCGGCCACGUACACGGCUACCACAACUGGGGCUAUCGUAAGGAGAAGGGUCCCGCCGGCCCAGGCGGCACGGCGCCAGCCAACACCGGGGACAGAGAGUGCCCCAUGUGCCGGCGAGUGGGCCCCUAUGUGCCGCUGUGGCUGGGCUGUGAGGGGGGAUUGUACCUGGAUGCAGGCCCGCCAACUCACGCCUUCUGCCCCUGUGGCCACGUAUGCUCAGAAAAGACAGUGGUGGGGUGGAGCCAAAUUCCAUUACCCCACGGCACCCACGCCUUCCACGCUGCCUGCCCCUUCUGUGGGACCUGGUUGACAGGGGAGCAUGGCCACAUUAAACUCAUCUUCCAAGGCCCCGUCGACUGAAGACACCCGGGGAGCCACGCGAGUGGCCGCCGGAGGUAGACGCGCUCGGUGACUAGCGUGUCGUGGAACACAAAUCUGAACACUCAAGUGUUGGACUAAAGAGAAAGCGGCGAUGACGAGUACCAGACGAGGACUGCUCACAUGAUGAACCUGAAUGUGCCGGGCAGUAGUAGAUUGCCACGGCUUCAAACAUGAGGUGUAUGGCGAAUCUGUAAAUAAAUUGUGUUGAAAUGA